CGACUACCGACGUCGAUAGAGCGUCCCGACGCUCCGUAUUUUAUUCGAAAUCGUGAGUGCCAUUUCCCAACGAUUACCAAUUCAUCGAGGAUUGCAGCCAUCACAGAAGGAAAUGUGAUCAAAAAAUCCAUCGAUAAAAAAAGUUGUCCGAAAAGAGUUUAAAGUGAAAAAACUCCGUGAACUCGAAUAAUAGUGAAAAAAAAAGGCGAGUUCUGGGGAUUGAGUGCUAAACGAGACAUCGGAGCAGAGUUGAAUCAUGAGACGGCAAUCAUUUUGUCAGAGCCUCAGCAUCGGCAAUGAGCCCCAGAUUAUCGUGGAGGAGAGUGCACUCGGUGAGGAAGAGGCUGAUAGACGCAGGACCGAAUCACCACCUCGUUGUCUGGACCCGGACUCGCCCUCUCUCAAUCCUUAUUUACUCUCUCCGUUUCGAGAGGCACUACGUAAACACUCAUUGCCGACUCUCCAAUGCACGUCUGGUAUCACUGCUUCCCAGGUGAGACGAUUGAGCGAACGAGGAGGAGGGGCCUCUGGGCCAACACCACGUGAAGCCGAGUUCCUGGCGACUCUGUCACAAGCCCCAGCCCCCCAACCCGGAGGUAGAAGACACUCAGUUGUGACAAUUUCCAAAGUACCACCGACUCUAUUUGGUCGAGGUAGACGAGAAUCAAUAGCCGCUGUACCCAUGGGUGCAACGCGAAUCCUUCCAAGUCGACGAGACUCAGCCUCAGGUGUUAUCGGGCCCCCCAGCAACUCCGGGAGUUCCCACAAUCUAGAGUUAGAUAUUAUGGAUGAUAUUACCGAUAUCAAAGCGCGGAAGGUACGCCUAAAGAUGUGGAGGACGACCUCUCACGAGCGGAUGUGCGAGGUCCAGCCAGUGGUAGGGCCCUAUCAACGUUACACCCAACAUUCCCGCCGACACUCCGAUCUACCACCACCUCUUCCCCCGACAGCGCCCCGACGUCGUGCCUCCGAGGUGCCCCCCAGGUGUCCUCAAUCCCCAGGUAUCGUCUGUUCAAACACAGACCUGAUAUCGAUCCUGAGUUCCCUCACCUCCUCAGCAACGGAGAUAAAUCGUUGCGGCGAUGACCCACCUAGGAGUGAUUUACCCAUUCAUGAAUCAAAACCACUGGCUGAUCGUAGGCGACUCAAGGAUCGCUCCAACAGUUUUGACAUCUCGAUCCUCCAGGGGACUGAUCUUAGGGCCUCAGAUGACGGGAGUAUUCCUCCAUAUCAGGGGAGCUCCUCGUGGUUCGUCAACAGGCAUCAGCCGAUGUGGAAGAAGCAGAAAUCGAGUGAUGAAUUCAGGAGAAAUUUCCUGGGGAUUAAUGGUAAUAAGGGGGUACCUUCUGGGGAGGGGCACAGCUUUUUGUGGGACAACACCAGUGGAACUGAGAUCGAUGCUCAGGCCUUUGGAAAUGCCAUUCAAAAAUUUCUCACUGCUCAGAGGAAUGAGGGGGACAGAGCCAAGGGUAGGGGUAAGGGUAAGGGGUGGCUCCCCGGAGGGAGGGGGGAGACCAGUGAGGGCUGUGAAACCUCUAUUUGCUCGUCGUUGAAGGAUCUUUUUGUUAAGUAAUUCGAGGACUGAUAGUCUUUGCUGGUCAAAGAUUUUUUUUUGGACGCCAGGAGAUUUUUUUGACGCGGGGAUUUAAGGGGAGUUUAUUUAUUUUUUGGUAUUAUUGUCCUCCCCUUGUCGACUUCAUUACGAAGUGCCCCGCCUCAAUCGAAGAGUAAUUAAUGUCAAGUGAACUUUCACUACUUUCAAAAAGUCUUGAUGUUACCUCAUAAAGAUUAUUGAAAAACAGUAGCAAAGUGGUAAAUUGAGAUAACCCGAAUUUCCGUUAUCACGAAAAUCGAUAAAUCUCAGAAACUAUCGAUUUUAGCAGCAAAUGCAAAAUGACCUUUUUUAUCGAGAAUUUGAUGAGCAAUAAAAAAGUUCUCUAACGUUUCCCUCUGAGAUCGAUAGUUCACCGGAUAAAUCACUGAUAAAUAAAAAAUUUUCAGUGACACUUUAAUCUCUCUUUAUCGCUUCGCUACUGAAUUAAUGAUAACACAUUUAUGUAAAUAAUCCAGCUCAUGAGAUUCGGCAAUUCUGUUGUACAAAAUAUUCCGGAGAUAAAUUCGUUUAGACCUAACGAACUCAAGAACGAAUUAAAGUCCUGGAGAUGAGUUGACGUCAUUCGGUUGCUGAAUUUGUCAAUAUCGAUAAGUUAAUUAAAUAAUAAGGGUAGAAAGUAGCGAGGAUGUUUCAAGGACCAUGUUAUUCAGUGUAUAGACAAUCGAUCGAGUUAAUGGCGAAUGGAUACUGGAUAUCCUUCAGAUAUUAAAUGAUAACAAAUUUUUUUUUUCAUCCUCGAAAGUUUCAACUGAAAUCAAAUAUUAUCACGACAUUGUUUACCAAAAAGUAUCAGAAAUCGAGAGAUCCUGAACACAUGAUCCCCGUUAUCUCGGCAACGGGCAGAGAUACCCUACCCGGACAUACGACCUUUUUUCUAGGGAAUUAAAUUCUCCGGAAAAUGUUCUUAUGAGAUUUUCCUCCCGCGACGCUCGUUGCAGAGAUAAUCAGCAAGAACUCCACCCCCUCAUAUCUCGUUUCAUUACACCUGAGUAAAUUGUCGUCUGAUGAAUCCCAUUACGUUGCAAUUUGAUUCUAGUCAUUAAAUCCCAAUGUAAUUAAGAAUUUUGUUAUCUAAUUCACAAGUGACGAAUCAUUAAUGCUCUCUUAUCGGAUCUCUCCAUUCUGGUAAUGAGAAAGAACGAAUUAUAAAAAAUGAAGAGAUAAAAAUGGAACAUAGAAAAUCACCGAUGCAUACUUAUCUAUUCAAUCGAAAUGUAAAUACAUUUGACACUUCUAUGUGCUCUGGAUGUUUCUGUCUGUGACACAUGUAAAGUUAUAAACGUUAAACGCCUAUUACCUAAUGUAUUCCUAUGUCACAUGUCGCAAUGCGAAUGGAGCCUUAAUUAUAUGAUUGCAAGUGGUGAAUACAUUUUUAGUCGCUGGAUCGUACUGCGGAAUUAUCAAAAUUGUCACUGACAUUUAUUUACCGAUAUUUUACUUACCAAUAAAUUUUUAUUUCAUUAAAUAUGGAUUAAUAAAAAAUACUAGUGUCCUGAUAAUUAAUGUGUAAGGUAAUCCUGUUAUUGAACAAUAAAUCUUGAAUGUUGACAUAAAAAAUGCAUCUAUUAAUUAAUAUUCCCUUGUAAUUAUUGGAUUGAUGAUCAAUGCGUGUAAUUGCAGUAAUUUAAUUCAUCUUCAUGUUUUCAGCUUUCUGUUAUUGGAAAAAAUAAGGAAUUAAUUUAAUAAAAUCACCCAAAGUGACAUUUUUGUUUCUGAAAACAAUUUAUUAAGUAGAAAUAGGGGUAACGACGAUUGGUCGAGGGUAAUACACUCUCCAGUACUGUAUCUGGAAUGAUGUUAGCGAUGUAAUACAAGUUACACUCAAUAUUUCCAACAUUUCAUCAUCUACAGUAGAUAAAUGCCAUAUUUUUGGAAUCCAAGUGAAUUAAACUCCUUAAAAAUGUACAAAAAAUUGGUGACUGCAAUUUAACUAAUUAACAAUUAAAGAGACAGGUUCUUCACAUUUUUUUUUGUCUUAUUUCUUUACAAUAUUUUGCCUUGGAAGAGUGUAACCAUUUUUCAAUCGAAGUUGAAGGUACGAAAUUCACUUAGGAGACGCAAAUUCAAUGGAAGAGACAAAAAGUUUUUAUCAAACUUAAAGCAGUAAUUAUUUUGAAAAAAAGAAAGAUAUUGACCAUUCGACAGAUAAAUGGUGAAAUUCUGAAUUAUUGCCGGAACAAUUCACCACGUGGAAAUUAAUUUUAUU